AUGUAUGUCCUAGCCCCCAAGCCGAGGCUAUUUUAUGUUGCAGGUCGUCAGUUGCAAAAUGGAAGACGUUUGUUGAAUACCCUGGCUUCUUCUGCCGCUAGAAAGUCUCAGAGCAGAUUGUUGCGUAGGCGCAAUGUGGCUCUAGUCUCGGGUGUUAUCAUCGUUGGCUCCUAUGUCACAUUCAACCAAUCAAACUACUACAAAUUGGAUACAGCUCCACCUGGGUCCAACUCGAGACUCACGGGAAAUCCAGCUAAGGCUGUGACUAGCAUCGUUGACAAGGAGGCUUUCUCCUCCACCACAUCCUCGAUGGUGCGCCAGAAUAGUGUGGGUGCUCAACAGCACAAGGAGGGAGUCUUCCUUCUCAAUGACGAGCAGGUCAGUGCUAAACUCAGGCAAUUCGAGGAAUCAUAUAAUGUGCAUCGUGGAAAGGGAGUGACUAGGUACGACAUUUGCCAGCUUCCUUCCAACUCCCCCAUUGAGGAUGACAGGGCCGAGGAAAUUGUCCAAGUCCCAAUCUUGCAAGACAACAAUGUGAGAACCUCCACAGACUGGAUGUUUUUCGGUGUCUAUGAUGGUCAUGGCGGCUGGACCACCUCUUCUAAGUUGCGUGAUCAGUUGAUUCUGUACGUCAUCACUGAGUUGGGCACCAUCUUCAAGCCAUCGAAGGAGGAGAAUUUGCGCUAUGUGCCCAACCUGGCCACCAUCGAUCAAGCAAUUAAGAACGGCUUCUUGAAGUUGGAUCACGAAAUCGUGAACAAGAAUAUUGAGAAGCUUCUCAAUGACAACAAUAAAGCGAAAGCCGCUGAAUUGUUGAUGCCGGCCUUAUCUGGCUCCUGUGCUCUUCUCUCUUUCUAUGACACCAAUUCAAAGAUGUUGAAGGUUGCUGUUACUGGUGACUCUAGAGCGCUCUUGGGCUCAUUCAAGAACAACCAGUGGACAGUUCGUCAAUUGAGUAUUGACCAAACCGGCUCCAACCCUACUGAAGUUGCCAGAAUCAUUUCAGAGCAUCCAGAUGAGCCUAAUGUUGUUAGAAAUGGCCGUGUUCUUGGCUCUCUCGAACCAAGCAGAGCUUUCGGUGAUUGCAGAUACAAAUUGCCAGGGUCUAUUCAAGACAGACUUUAUAAGCAGUUUUUCGGGAAGAAGCUUCCUAGCAAUUUGAACUCUCCACCAUAUGUUACUGCCGAACCAGUCGUUACUACGACGAAGGUCAGUCCCGAAAACAACGAUUUCCUUGUCAUGGCAAGUGACGGUCUUUAUGAGAUGCUUUCUAAUGAAGAGAUUGUUGGUCUCGUUGUGAAGUGGAUGGAGAAAGAGAAGCUAGUCAAGCCAAACAAGUCGUUCUGGAAUUAUUUUGGUUCUUCAGAGAAGGGCUUGCCCCAGGUUUCUGACAUCACCAACGACAAAACUUCCAAGCCUCCCUUCCGCAGAAACAGACUCAACACCGGAAACGGUUUUCUUCUAGAGGACAAGAAUGUCUCAACCCACUUAAUUAGAAAUGCCCUUUCAAAUGGUGGCUCUAAAGAGCAGUUAUCUAUGCUCAUUUCGAUUCCAAGUCCUGUUUCUCGUCGUUAUAGAGAUGAUUUGACAGUAACGGUUGUAUUUUUCGGCAAGGACCUGGAUGAGAAUAAUGAUGGAAAGUUGGAGACCAAUGCAGGUGCCACUGCCGGCGGCAUUGAUGCCUCGAAACCCAAGCUUUAG